UGAUCAAAAUGCGAACCGCUGCGUUUAACUUGUUUUUAUUGCUUAUUGUGGCAGUAAAUAUAGUACAUGCGGCGAAACUCAAUUUCCCGCGCGUCCUGCUACCAAUAUUUCAGGACAAAUCUGUGAAUUUUACACUGGAAGUGGUCGAACAUAAUUGUUUCAAAUGGACUUCUUCGAGGCAGGAUUUAAUUACAGUUGCUCCUGUAUACCAUGGCUUCAGUGAGUGUGCGUACCAAGCCCUCAUCACAGUACAGACGCGGGAGCAACGCCGCAACACGGCCAUUAUAUUUGCCGAGGAGGUGUCGACGGGCGCCACGCUGCGUUGUGAUGUGAUUGUUGAUGUGAUUGACAAGCUAAAUGUGCGGACUACGACACGGCAGUUGUACCUAGAGGAGGCGCCCGAGACAUAUGAGCUGCACGCGUUCGACUCUCAAGGCAACGAGUUCUCUACGCUGGAGGGCGUCGAAUUUAAAUGGACUAUCUCGUCACCAACCAGAAGCGUGCCGCCGGCACUGCGAUUUUUGACAUUCUCGGAUAGCCCGUUUCACACCGUACCUAAGCCGUUAGAGAAGUUCGAAGCCGAGGGUAUUAUGGGUUACAUGACACUACUCGAGGGCAUCAACACGGGCACAUCCAAGGUUACUGUAACCAUGCCACAGCCAGAGUAUAACAAUGUGGCGCCCAUUGAAGUGUACAUCAGUGUGCUGGCCAACAUUAUCAUUGAGCCAUCCGAGGUGCAUAUCAUGACUGGCGAUACUGUCAGCUUUCGCAUUCUACAAUUGAAAAUGGGAAAGCUGCACGACAUCACCCCGAAUGAUCAGUACUAUUUUGAGGUGGAGGACAUCAAUGUGGCGUACAUAAAAGGCAGUAGCGCCACAGGUUCGCGUCUUGGUCGCACGCUUGUGGUGUUGCGGGACCGCAAUGUGCCGCGAGACGACAGUGACAACUUGCCGGAAAAGCCAAAAGGUCCGAGCGCACAGCUAACUGUGGCCGAACCGCAAAAACUGGGCAUCAGUCUGCUGCCACACAACAACUGGUUGACGGUUAAGGGCGAGCGACAUGACGUUGCCUUCGAUUUGUAUGCGUCCGACGGGCAGAAGAUAACACUGGGCACGCGCUACUCCAUUGGCUCGGAACUGGAUGAAUCUCUUUUCACCAUAUUGAAAAAGACGCGCAAUGGCAGUCGAUUGUUUGGCGAGGCGUACAAGGCUGGUGUGACACAGGUCUAUGGCACGUACAAGGAUCUUUCGGCGCAAGCGGAGUUGCAAAUUUUCGACAAAUUGGUGCUGCAGCCAAUGAAAGUUAUAUUGCCAUAUGACCCCAAUACAGUAAAACCACAGAGGCUGCAAUUUGUGUCAACAGGCGGCGAUGGCAACUACGUGUGGUUUUCCGGUAACCCCCAAGUGUUGCAAAUUGAUAGCAAAGGCUUGGCUACUACCGAAAUACGCGAUGAUCGAGUAAAAGGAGCGGCUAAAGAGCUGUUAGACUCGGGUAGUCUGCUAUCAUCACACACCACUGUCAAGGUGGCGUUGGCUAAAAACCAGAAGGUUGCACAAAUGGCACAAAUAUAUUUCCUGCCACCGGAACGACUCGAAAUCAAACAGUACAACUUUGAGACAGUUCUUAGGGAUUACGUGCAUCUGCAUGUAGGCAUCUAUGCUUAUGUGAACAAUAGCUAUGUCCCUUACACGAAGUGCGACAACUUGCUGUACCAACUGGACUAUGCACAUCAAAUCUUUCAACUGGAGAACAAUGUAGAGGGAGAAAAGCUGGCUCCAGAUGCUUGCCACGUGCUCCGUCUGCGCGCCACCGCUGUGGGCACCACAUCUCUGCGUAUCUCGUAUACCUUCCAGGAUAAGGUGCUGCAGGACUCGGUCGACCUGCACGUCUUCGAGCCAUUAAGUGUGCUGAAUCCCCUAGAAAAUGAGAUUGUGCUGCCCAUUGGUGCUUCUCGCAAUGUAAUUUACGCCGACGGACCGCAGCGCAUUUUCACCCUGGAGGCGACACUGACCAAGGCCACCAAAUACAAUGCUCAGUUUAUUAAAGUGUCGGAAAUCGAAUUUGAUACUCAGAAUUCCAUUACCGCUUUUACAGUGCUGUGUCGUGAAGUUGGCAGCACAGAUUUCACAUACAACGUCCACAACAUGCUGACCAAAUCGAACUUUGCCGCAUACAAUGCUCAGAUUACGACAAAGGUGCAUUGUGUGCGACCACGCUUCCUGAAGCUUUAUGCCAGGCAGGAGCUGCGCAAGUCAUGUCCUUUGGAGCAGCGCUCGUCGUUGCUCUACCUCAAGGAUCGCGAGGACAAGUUUGAGAUAGAGAUCGAAGUGCAGGACGUUAAGAAUCGCAAGCUCAUGAACAUAAGUUCCCUCGUUCUGGAGUGGGAAUUUGCAGCUGGAGACGAGCGCUAUCACACAGACAGCAUUCCGCAUCAACAGCACACUGAAGAGGAGAACUAUCAGACAGUCAGAUUGCCGGCUCGUGAUAUUCUUGUGAUAACACUCAACGAAGUGGCGCCAAACUUUCGCAUUAAGGGUACUGUUGCCCGAUACGAUGACAAAGCGUUAGCCAAAAACGAAAUAUACCCUGAGAGACCACCCUUUGGCGUUAAAAACCAUAAAACGGGUGUGAUUACAAAGCCAGUCAUUGAGAACGAAAUACGUUUCCAUACGGUUAACAGCACGCUUUUGCCGAAUGAUCAUGUCAGCAUCUACUUGGCACCCUCAUAUCGGGAGGGUAUAUCUAUAGCCCAGGGCAGUGGAUUCUUUCAAUUGGAGCUGUCCGAGUCGGGCAUUGUGCAGGUGGACUACGAUGAGAAGACCAAACAGUUGCUGUUGACCCCACUUCGUUUGGGGCACGUUCGUCUGGAGCUGAUCGAUCGCUGUCUGAUGAACGAACCCGCUCAUCUUUCCAUCUCAGUUGUUGGCAUAGGCGCCAUCAAUGUGUUGGCCCUCGAUCGUGUGGAGCGCACCCAUUCUAUUGAUGCUAUUGUCAAACUUUACGAUUCGAAUGACAAUUUGCUGCACAUCGAUGUGAGCAAGCUGGAUGUGUAUGAGUUGAGCGAAUUGGUAUUCGAUUCGAACAUUCUGAGUGUUCGACUGGACGAGCAGCAAAACCUUGGGCCGGGCGAAAUUCGCUACAGCAUAACGGGCAAUAAUGUUGGCGACACAAAGAUUGUAUUUCAGGCCGGCAAGGGAGACAAGCAAGUCUCCAGUGAUCCCCUUAAUGUACAAGUAUUUGCACCUAUACGCCUGUAUCCACGCAAUUCGACGCUCAUUGUCGGCUCCAGCAUACAAAUCUAUUACCAGGGUGGACCACAACCAAACACCAAUAUGAUCUAUAGUGUGCAUCAUAACAAAGUGGCAACCAUGAAUUCCGCAAUUGUUACGGCGCACAAGCUGGGCUCUACGAAAAUCACGGGCAAGUGUCUGCUCAAAAAUCCUGUUACUGGCAAGGAUGAGAUCGUUUCCGAGGACACUGUGGAGUUGCGUGUUGUAUCUCUAACAGCUGUGGAAAUACGCACACCCCUGGUGCGAAUUCGCAGUGGUGCCGUCAUGCCAGCCACAUUAUGGGGCCAGCCAGACUUGUCGCCCAUGGUCCUGGGAACCCUGGAGAAUAUGCACAUUACAUGGAGUGCUAACCAAAAUGAUGUGGUUGAGAUCUUCAAUGUAUUAACAACAGCAGGCAUCGACUACAAGAGCAAUGACAUGAUUUCGAUUCGCGUGCGUGCCUUGAAUCCCGGCAAGGUCAGCAUUACAGCCGUUGCCCGUUUAGCCGAUGGCCAGAAACUGAGUUCGACCGUUGACUUAAUUGUUUUCAAAACUCUCGAGCUGGUCGCGCCUAAGCCCAUAACAAUGGACUGGAUUUUGACCGCGCCACGCAGCACACUGCAAUUAAAAUGUAAUAUGGACGAUGCUCUCUAUAAGUUGGACUCGCAAAGCAGCGGCAUUGUUAGCGUCACGCCAGAUGGCAUUGUCCACACAAAGGAUACGCUUGGCCGUGAUCUGAUAAUUGCCAAAACUGUCGACCAAACGCUGCCCAUUGGCAUCGAAGUGAAGAAUGUACAAUAUAUUUUGGUCACAUUGCUGCCGAACAUCAAAUUGAAACAUUUGGAGCAUAAAAUUCCGCGUGGCAUGAAUUUUGUAUUUAAAGUCUCGCUCCACGACAAUCUCGGCAAUGAGUUCUCGCACAACAUCGAGGAGGUGAAUGGGCUGCGCUACGAUCUGGCCACCAAGGAUGUGGUCGAUGUGCAGAUUGGCAAUAACCUAACGAUAGCGCUAAAUAUGCCACGUGAGACAAACAAUAUGAUCGCCAUAAGUCUGAAGGAUAUAACCGGAGUGAAACAUGCUGAGGAUUACAUCAAACUGUCGGUGGCUGAGUCGGAGCAUAUUUUCCCUACCAAGACGAUUUUCUCUGUUGGUGACAUUAUUUGCUUCGAUUCACCGCUAACAUUGUCAUCGAUUUGGACGAGCUCCAAUGAGCAGAUUGUGGCGAUUAAUAAAAAUACAGGCAUUGCACGCGUACUGAAGCAUCGGCACAAAUUGGGCGAGAAAAUCGUGGUCACCAGCGGCGAUAAAGUGGGACUCGGCGGUUACCUCAAAUAUGAUUUGGAAGUACGCGAAUCGGAUGCGAUUUUGUUUGCCAAAACGCUUGACAUAUUUAGCGGCUCGGAAUAUCGAGCGCAUUUGGUGCUGCGCAAUCACAUUCAAACAGACAAGCACACAAAUUUGAUUGCACAGAACGUAUCCAGAUGCAUAAAUCAUUUGGACAAUGUGCACGUUGAUGCGUUCACGUGUCGUCUUGUGGCCAAUGACGCCCUCGGUCGGAAACUGCUGUCGCUUUACAAAGUCAAAGCCAUAUUUGAUGGCUUAAACAGUCAGUAUGCUUGCGAGCUGCAAUUGCUUUCGAAUUUCAAUGAGUUGCUCUCCAUUGUCAAGACAAACAAUGUCCUUUUGGAGAUACAGGCUUUAAUACCCACCGGUGUGUUCGAUACGAUGUCUUUGAAAUUGGUACCCGGCAUUCAAGUUUCCCCUGAAGCGCUACAAAUGGGUGAUUUGAAAUCACAGGAUUUACUCAUCAGCGGACUGGACAAAGUGCUGCAAAAGUUGCAGGUAAUACCAUCUGACACAAAGUAUUUAUCUGUGGAAUUUAUUGAGCAUGCUCACGGACAGGGCAAAUACAAAAUUCAUUUUGCUGACGAUUUUCCAUUGGAUGUACAAUUAUAUGUGCUAGUUAAAUCACCGGAAACGGAUCAAAAUAUUGAGGUGCCCGUAUAUGGUAACACAAUGUUGGCCCAAAAGUGCUCUAGUCGACCGUAUAGUAGCACAUUAUUUUAUCGACUUAUCGAGAAUCUGGGCUUCAUAAUUACAACCGUCAUCAUCAUAGUAUUUUCUUUCUGGGUGUACAUCACUUGCUUCCAAACGCAGGGCGUCAUAACACUCAACUCGGAGGCAUUUCAGUCCGAUAAAUCCAAUAUAUCGUCACAAAGGUCGUCACCUAUGUCCAGUCCUCGUAGCCCGUUCAUUGCAUCCCCGAAUAGAAGUCCUUUUGCAGAGCCACAACAACGUUCGCAAAGCCGUCACAUGCAGCACAACUUGAGUCCCCCCGUGGUGAGUGACGAGUCCUUUAUCUAUGGCCAUCCACAUCUGGGCUCACCGAGGAGCGCAAGACGAGGAUACAACUAACAAGCUGUCCACUCAGUGGCAGCUUCUGAACUGUGUUCAACUUUUUUAAAAUGAUAAAACGCUUGGAUGGCACUCCCACAGUUUCAUAUUUAAGGCUAUAGUUGUAAGACCAAAUUGUAAAUGCUCAGGUUAUAUGCAGUUGAUAGGAAGUUAGCUGUAGCUAUAGUUAUAUACUUAUAUGUUAAGCACACGACUUGAAAUGCCAGUAUAUUAGUUGUUGUUAUUCUUGUUGUUGUAACUUAACUGCCAGAGAAUCGCGCACAGUCGUACAUAUAAUUUAUUCAGCAUUUAGAUAUAAGCUCAUUUUGUAUUGUCUCAUACACACAUGUAUGUGUUGCUGUGUAUGCCCAAAAUCCUUACAGACAGCAAUCCGGUUACUUAAGGCUUAGGUUCAGCAACGAAAAAGUACUCAAAAAUUUAUUAAGCCGCUUAAAAACAUUUUCGUUUACCUUACCUUUCUUUCUAAUUUCUUAUGUACAAUUUACGACAAUUUCUUUAUUCUGAGCUAGAAAUAAAUAUCAUUCGCAAAUGUUUUCAAAUCUUAUGAUAGUCUUAAGCGCAAACACCGACAUACUAUAUAUAGCUAAUACAUACAUAUAUAAGUAUAGGAAGGAAUUUUUUGUAAAUUGUAAUAACGGUGCGACGGAUGGAGGAGUCUGCGCGUAAAGUAAAUACUGCAUUUGUUAUGUUAUAAUAAAUAAAGAGUAAA